AUGGCGACGCAUACGGCCAUGACCCAGGGCAACGAUCCCAACGUGCGAAGCUCGCUCGAACGAAACGUGGGCAUUCUUCACUUGGUAUCACCUAAGGAGCACGGCUGGAACGGCGUCCUUCGAAAAAGGCAAGUCCACGAGAUCAGUGAAGAUGGCGAGGUGCUCCACCUGAAAGAUUACUAUAGCGAUGCAAAGGAAUUUGACCGAAGAGAGGCUGCCAAGCAUGGAAAGAGCAAUGAGAGUCAGACUGCACCAAGCUCGGAAAACAAGAGCAACGGUGCUGCAUCUUCUGAAUCUAGGAAGACUGCCGGAGAUGCAACCGCCGUUGAAGGAACCCAGGAGCAGAAGAGUGCCGACGCGACUAUCUCCAGUGACAAAGCUCAAGACGUCAAGGUUGACGAUGCGCCCUCGGAGGAGAUUCCUCAGUCUGAUGUAGAAAUUUUGAAGGAUUUGCUGGACGAGGCCACGACUGAUGAGCUCAUCACCCUCGACACCAAGAUUCGAGCCGACCCAAAGGCAAGGCCGAAGACACAUGGCUUUGAAAUCCGCCGGAUCUUUGCGUCGAGAAUCGACACCGAGGCUGGUUCGGAUGGCAUCAUCCAGGCAAAGGCUGCAAACAAUGCCGGCAAGCAGAACCGGGGCAAUCGAGGUAAUCGCUCGCGUCACGGACAAGGAGGUCAGACGCAGAUCGGCAAGUACCUACACUUCUCCCUCUACAAGGAGAACAAGGAUACGAUGGAAGCCAUCAGUCACCUAUCACGUGUGCUCAACAUGAAGCCCAACUUCUUCAGCACUGCAGGUACCAAAGAUCGUCGGGCCGUCACUGUCCAGCGCGUGAGCAUUCGUGGCCGAGAUCCCAGGGGAAUGUUUUCCGUCAACGCCCGGCUCCACGGUAUCAAGAUUGGAGACUUCAAGUUCUCGGAUAAGAGCCUCUUUCUUGGUAGUCACAGCGGAAAUGAGUUCACAAUCGUUAUGAAGGACUGCGAGUUCCAGGAGACCGAAGGCGAAUCAUUUGAGCGUAAGCUUGAGAUCGCACAAUCAACUCUGGACAAAGCCCUUGCCGACAUCUCCAAGAAUGGCUUCAUCAACUACUUUGGUACUCAGCGCUUCGGUACUUUUGAGAUUGGUACGCACAUUCUUGGUAUGAAGCUGUUGAAGGGUGACUUUAAGGGGGCCGUUCUCGACCUGCUGGCCUAUGACCCUGUCAUGGCUGCCAAAGACCCAUCACGUUUGCAAGGCAGCGGCGAGUUUGUUCGCACGGACGACAUCUUCCGAGCCAAAGCAUUGGCAAAGUACGACGAGACUGGAGAUCCCGAAGAAGCAGUCAAAUGUCUCCCGCGCAGAUGCAACACUGAGUUCGCCAUUCUGAAACACUUGAGUAAGCAGCGCAACGAUUUCCACGGUGCAAUUCUGUCUAUCACGAGAAAUAUGCGGACCAUGUACCUGCACGCUUAUCAGUCCCUCGUCUGGAACUUUGCUGCCAGCAAGCGCUGGGAGUUGUUUGGCGCCACUGUCGUCAAGGGUGAUUUGGUCUAUACCACAGGUGACGAUUCAACCAAGACCGAGGGUGCCAACGGCGAGGACUACGAGGAGAAUAUCCACCUCCAAGAUACCUCCUCGGAUGAUAAGGGAUUCUGGAGAAAUGUUCGAGCCCUGACUGCUGAGGAUGUUGCCGGUGGAAACUACACCAUCACCGACAUCGUGUUGCCAAGCCCCGGUACAAGAGUCGUCUAUCCUGACAAUGAGAUUGGCGAGUUCUAUAAGGAGUUUAUGAGCAAGGACGAGAACGGCGGUCUGGACCCCGACAACAUGCAUCGCUCGCAACAGCCAUUCAGCCUCACCGGCGAUUACCGCAAGUUCAUGGGGACAUUCAUCAGCGCGCCCGUCGGUUCUGUCCUUGCUUACGCCCACGAUCAUGAUCAGCUGGUGCCGACUGAUUUUGACCUAAUACAAGAGCGCAGAGCCAAAGAGCGUGCAGAGGCAGCGGCUGCCAACGGAGGAGCCCCUUCCAAGUGGCAAGCAUUCUCCACGAGCGUCAAGGAGAACGAACGCCAGGAAGCAAGGGAAAAUGUUGCAAGAAGAAAGGCUGAGAGUCUGGGAGACGAUGCUUCAGAGGUCAGAAUGAAGGACACUUGGGUACAGACAUCCGUGGACGGCAGUAAGAAGCGAGUCAAGGUCGGAACUCACUCAACAGAGGCCGAUCCCGAGAACGUCGCAGCACAAGACGCCGGUGCCAUGGAGGUUGAACAGCCCACAACUGCCGCGCUAGAGACCUCUUCUGAGAUUGCUGCGGGAGCUUCGAAGCAGACGGAAUCUGGUGGCAAAGAUGCCCCAGAGGUUAGUACGACAUCCGCCCCCUCCACCAAGAUGAACCUCUCGAUCUACUUGAGAAGACUACUUUUCAAGCUCUACGACUGUACAAUCGGAGGACUACUGAGAGUCUUCGGCGCUAACAAGCUUACCCACAAGGCAUCCCCCAUCCCCAUUGCUCACCAGUCCGCUGAGCCCGCCCAGACAAUUCCCACGAAUACUAACACGCAGGGUCCCGAGACUAACCCCAGUCGAGAUGCGGCCCCCAUUCAGGCCUCGGAUGAGCCGAUGACCGAUGCUCCCGUCCCGGCCACAGAACAGAAGAUCGCAGUCAUCCUGAAGUUCUCUCUCCCCCCGAGUGCCUAUGCCACGACGGUGCUUCGCGAACUUCAGGGCUACGUGCCUCAGAACAGCGAGGUCUCUGCCUGA